GAAGACGACAAGAGCCGAGCGAGAUGAGAAUAGAAAUGAAUCAUUUUGCAGAUUGUUAUAUGACAUUGAAAAGUUCACUGAAUUGUCGGUAAUCAUAUCAGUAUUUCCUCCGUGAUAACUUAAAAGAAGCAAUCCCAAUACAGAUACAUACAUCACAGACUUUGAAAUUGGGCAAUGUUGUGAAUUUCAUAAUGAGCCCCUCCAACGAUAUGAACGCCUUUCGGGAAAUUGUCAAGAAAGCCAAGCACAUUGUAAUUUUAACUGGUGCUGGUGUUUCGGCUGAAUCGGGGGUGCCCACCUUCAGAGGGGCUGGUGGAUUUUGGAGAACAUAUCAGGCCCAAAAUCUGGCCACUCCCACUGCAUUCCACAAAAAUCCAGGACUAGUUUGGGAAUUUUACCAUUACCGGAGAGAAACCGUGUUGUCAAAAAAUCCUAACCCGGCUCACAUUGCCAUUGCCGAAUUUGAAAAGCGAUUGAGUGGAGAAGGGCGAAAAGUUGUUGUCAUCACUCAAAAUAUUGACGAGCUUCAUCGCCGUGCUGGUACUUCCGAUUUGGUUGAACUCCACGGGUCUUUAUUUAGGACAAGAUGCACCAAAUGUGACGACGUUUCUAGCAAUUACGAUAGUCCAAUAUGUGAAGGACUACGAGGAAAGGGCGCACCAGACCCAAAUGUUGAAAAUUCCUGCAUACCAGAAACAGACCUACCUCGAUGUCGAAAAAAUAACUGUGGAGGCCUGCUCCGCCCCGCUGUGGUUUGGUUUGGUGAAGGCUUAGAAGAAAAGGAUUUGACCAGAUCGGCCCAGGAACUCGAGAAAUGUGAUUUAUGUUUAGUCGUUGGAACUUCCUCAGUUGUUUAUCCUGCGGCAAUGUUUGCUCCACAAGUUGCUGCAAGGGGAAUUCCGGUAGCGGAAUUUAAUUUAGAGUCGACGCCGGAAACUAUUAAUUUUGGGUUUCAUUUCGAAGGCCAAUGUGGGUCCACAAUUCCACAAGCUCUUCUUGAUGCAUGAUUUUUGCGAAUCAAGAUUUACUCGUGUAUUCAAAGAUUAAAACGAUACCGAGUUUAUUUACAAACUUAAUGGCAUAACGCACAAAAUUGACAAUAUAAUUUCUGGAAAUAAAAAUUUCUUAAUCAAUCAUUAAAA